AUGUCUUUAGAUAAAGUGAAACACAUUGUUCUUGUCCUCUCCGGUAAAGGAGGAGUUGGAAAAUCCUCCGUCACAACCCAACUUGCCCUCUCCCUAUCUCUCGCUGGUUCCUCCGUUGGAAUCCUCGAUAUCGAUCUAACCGGACCCUCCAUUCCCCGUCUCUUCUCCCUCGAAUCUGCCAAAGUAACCCAAGCACCCGGCGGCUGGAUCCCCGUCCCUGUUCACCCCUCCAACCCCUCUUCCUCCAUCGGCGCCCUAUCAUGCAUGUCUCUUGGCUUUCUACUCCGAGAACGAGGCGAUGCAGUAGUAUGGCGCGGACCGAAGAAAACAGCUAUGGUUAGACAGUUCCUUACAGAUGUGUUAUGGGGCGAACUCGAUUACCUUCUUAUUGAUACCCCGCCUGGUACCUCGGACGAACAUAUUUCAUUGGCGGAAACACUUCUCAAGAAUGCAUUUCCAGGUCAAGUCGCCGGUGCGGUGAUUGUAACGACGCCGCAGGCAGUGGCAACGGCAGAUGUGAGGAAAGAAUUAAAUUUCUGUACGAAGACUGGAAUACAUGUUAUCGGAGUAGUGGAGAAUAUGAGUGGAUUUGUGUGUCCAAAUUGUUCGGAAUGUACAAAUGUAUUCAACAGAGGAGGUGGAGAGGUUAUGGCCAAAGAUUUUGGAGUACAAUUCUUAGGGCGAGUUCCGAUUGAUCCUCAAUUCGGAAUGUUGGUAGAAGCAGGCAGAAAACCAGUAUAUCCGGAAGGAACGCUAGUAAAUGGCAAAGACAUGAGUGGUAUCCAGAACGGUGCUAACACUGUCGGGGAUGACGGGCUUUUGGUAGAGAAAUAUCGGGAUUGUUCUCUGUGUCCAAUAUUCCAGGACAUAACUAAACAGGUUAUGGAUGCGGUAGCAGGAAAGGUUCCAGAAGAGGCAUCGAAUGCUUGA